AAUAAGCACAACUCCUCCGUCACAGCAAGAAAACACACCACUCCUCGUCCAAGCCAUGGAGGCCGCCAUGAUCCCCUUGAUCAAGAAGCUCGGCGGCCUACUCGCGGACAAGAACAACCUGGAGACACACGUGAGGAACAACGUCAAAUCUCUGAUCACGGAGUUGGAGAUGAUGCACGCCGUUCUAUACAAGAUUGGGGCCAAGCCGGCCGAGCAGUUCGACGAGCAUGUCCUCAUCUGGGGAGGCAAACUGAGGGACCUCUCCUACCAUAUGGAGGACGCCGUCGACGCUUUCAUCGUGCACGUGGAGAAGCACGGCCAUGACCGUGGCUCCACCAACAUGAAGAAUAGAGUUAAGAAGUUCCUCAGAAAGACCACCAAACUGUUUACCAAGGGUAAGGCUUUUCAUCAAAUCUCUGAUGCCAUCGAAGAAGCUAAGUGGGUCGCCAAGGAGUUGGGCGACCUGCGCGAAAGGUAUAUCCUUGACGCGCAGGACAACGAGAGGGGCGAUGCCAUUGAUCCCCGCUUGAAAGCCGUGUACAAAGAUGUCACGGAGCUUGUUGGGAUAGAUCACGUAAGAGAUGAGCUGAUCAAGAAGCUGUGUGACGGCAAUGAGAGGUCCAAGGACCAAUUAAGGACAAUGUCUAUUGUUGGAUUUGGCGGACAGGGCAAGACAACUCUGGCAAAAGCAAUGUAUGACAAGAUCAAAGUGCAGUUUGACAGUGUAGCUUUUGUUUCCGUUUCUCGGAAUCCUGACAUGACCAAGAUUUUCAAGAAGAUCUUAUAUGUGUUAGGUUGA